AUGCUAUCUGCGGCCAAGCGUCCUUUGCUCUCAAAAAUCCAGAAACAGAUCGUCAACGACGAGGAUGAAGCUUACAGUCAACAUAAUACUCCCACCUUGCACUCCAAACAUGGCACCAGGCGGAAGAGGCAGAUCUCAGGCUCUUCAUCUGCUUCCGAAAACGCGAGAGUCCCAUCGAAUUUUCUCGGACCUGCUCUUAGGAUUACGGCUAGUCCAACUGCUGCCGCUCGUCCAACUGCUGCCGCUCGUCCAACUGCUGCCGCUCGUCCAACUGCUGCCGCUCGUCCAACUGCUGCCGCUCGUCCAACUGCUGCCGCUCGUCCAACUGCUGCCGCUCGUCCAACUGCUGCCGCUCGUCCAACUACUACCACUCUUCCUGUUGCUGCUCCCACUGUUGCUGCUCCAACAACAAACAAUCAGACUCUAGCAUCAAGCCAACCAAUCAAUCGUCGCACUGCCAACAACUAUGCUGGUGUAGCAGGAGGAAAAGUGUUUACUUGUCCAGUCCCUCAGUAUACCGCCCCAAUCCCAGAAGUAUGGAUGGUUGCGAAGUUCUACAAACACAUGGAAGAUGCAAAGAAUACUAUGGCUUUCUACGAACAAGGCACCAACGUGUGUCCUUACGGAUGUCGCAAGGGGUUCAUGAGUGACUUCAGCUUACACCGCCACAUACAGAAGUCCAAGUGCGAGAAGACCGAUGAUCUCCUCGAAGAGGUUAAGAGCUCAGACGAACAUAUCAACAUCUUGACAAUUCGGAGCAACGCUCCCAGCGAUCUCAAGAUGACGCCGCCCCUCGACCUGGCACAACAUGCCACCGAUCGCGUCAACGAAACCACAGCCACUAUGAGGACUACGAAAGAAAGCAAGUCAUUACUUGGGCGGUUCUUUGAAACCUUGCGUAAUGUUUUCAGAACCACUCGAGCGGAUCCUCCGGUGGCCCACAACGAAGCGAAUCCUCUGGUGGCUUACAAAGAAGCGGAUCCUCUGGUGGCUCGCAAAGAAGCGGAGCCCAUACGUGAUAAAGCAGUGGUGGUGCACCAGGCGACCCAACCCUCGCUCUCUCAACUGGAGUCGAUGGUGGCCAUCAACAAAUCGUUCUACGAAACACUUUACAAUGUUGGAGGCCAAUUUGCAAGCUUUCGGGACUACAAUCAGGGAGACACUAGGGUCAUAUCUGAAGCCUACCAAAGGAUGCAGAGAUGUAAGCUCGUCUUGGAUGGCAAAAGCACCAGAAUCAACAUACCUGGAGCUACUCAGCCACUCGCUUCAGUACGCCGUACAGAAAAGCCGAUCACCCCUUCAUACAUUCCAGUCUGUACGGCCCCCAAGCCUCCUGCAUCACCUCUGCUGCUGUCGACUCGAGCUUCAAGUCUGACAUCCUCGACCAAGUCGACCUCUAGAGCCUCAAUUGAGAUUCCGACCGCUUCGACAUCACCUGUGAUCCCUUCAGCUAUUCAAGUGGCGCCUGCUCCACCUGCAGUGGCCACGGUCAGAAAAGGUUCAGGCGUAUCACAAGUUACUUCAAUUGCAGGUAACAGCUCUAUGGACAGAGUGCCUGCUCAGAAGUUCGCCUCAAAGCCGGGGAGAAUCAGUGAUAGUUUGAAACAAAACCUCAGGUCAUUGGGACACGAGGAUCUAAGUGCGAUCCACCAAAUGCUUGUCGAUUGUGUUCACAGCCGUACUUCUGGAGUGAUAUGUGAGGCUACCAACACCGAACAGGUUCGUGGAGUCGCCAUAGCUGCGACACACAUGGGAAUGCAAGUUAGCAGGAGCCAUAAACACAUGGAGUCUUUGGCCGAAGAAGACAAAAGCGGAUUUGUCUGUCCAUCAAUUGUCAUCGUGACGUCUUCAGGCGAGCUGGUUAGCCUGAUGCACAGCACCAUUGCGAAACUCAUUGAAGGGAAAGGCAAUGGAUGCUCAGCCAUCGAUUCUCUGCAAGUUGUUCACAGCAUGGGUGGGGAUCAUAAGGUCCUUGCCAACCUCAAAACCAACAUUCCCACCAUCCUUGUGUGUACUCCUGGUCGAUUGACAAAAUUCAUCGAACAACCCAGGUUCAAGGCGCAUCUCUUACAUCUACUUGUCAUCUGUCAAGGCUCAACUCUUGCCUCAGUGGAUUUUGCCGAAGAGAUGCAGAACAUUAUUGCUUGGGCCAGAUGCUUGCAGCCAAGUCUGACUGGAGAAAAGCUGGUUUCUCCACCUGCUCCAUGCCGACUGACCACAAUCGUCAUGAGUCAAAGUUUCGAAAAAGAUACUGCGUUGCAUCAAGAACUCAAACAACGAUAUCGCACCGACUUCAUCUGCGCUGCCAAUUUGACUCCCAUUGGACUUGGUGAGCACCCUCUUCUUAAUUUCCGAGGCAAGAUCAAGGUGCGAGUUUGCCCUUUCAAGGACGUUGUCCGCUCGAGAUACUUUGUUGAAGAGAUUCUGCCCAACCAUCGGAACGAGAGUAUUCUGUGCAUGGAUUAUUCUAAAAAGCGUGCCACAGACAUUGCCUCCCAAUGUGGCGAGUUUGGAGUGCCAUGCGAGGUCUUCACGACAGAAAGCGACGACUCGACGACAAUACAGCGCUUCCGCGAAGGAAGAUGUAAGAUCAUGUUCACAACGCCAGCAGGCUUUGAAGGCAUUCGCUACGAGAACGUCAAGACUGCUGUGAUCUUCACAUGUCCAUACGAAAGCUUUUAUACUGAUGCGAAUGGCCCCAAACCAGGGAUAUACAAGCGACGUCCAGAUCACUUGCGCGCAGCCAUUGAGAGUAUCGGACAAGCUGGGGAGGAUGCCACGGUCUACAUCUUUGUGGCCAAGAGCACCAAACAGCCUAUCAAAGACGAUAUCGCUAAGGUGUUGCGUCAGACUGGACAUGAGGUUCCCAGCAUCGUUGUGGUCGGUGGUGGAUCUGCUGGUUUGGCCAUCAGUCACCAAUUGCUUCGUACUGGAAAGUUCACACAAGACGACAUUGCCAUUGUGGAUCCUUCGGCCUACCAUGAUUAUCAACCUGGAUGGACACUAGUUGGUGGUGGUCUCAAGACAAAGGAGGAGUUGAGAAAGCCCAUGAGCAGUCUUGUCGACUCAAAGCUCAAGUUGUACAACCAAGGGGUCAGCACAUUCGCUCCCGAAGAGAACCUAGUUAAUCUUGGCAAUGGUGACAAAGUGGGCUACGAACACCUGGUUGUGGCACCUGGCAUCGGCAUCAAGUACGACAACAUUAAGGGACUGCCCGAAGCACUGGCAGAUCAGUCAACGCCUGUAUCUACUAUCUAUGGCUACGAGACUUGCGACAAGGUCUUCCGCAACAUCAAGGAGUUCCGUGGGGGUGAAGCCUUGUUCACUCUCCCUACUGGCGUUGUAAAGUGCGCUGGUGCACCCCAAAAGGCAAUGUGGCUUGCUCUGGAUCACUGGAAGAAGGCCGGUCUCUACGAUCCUAGCAAUGUCGCCAACUCGCCCAUCAAGAUCAGCUUCGCAACUGCUCUGCCAGUUAUGUUCGGUGUACCCAAAUACAGCGCCACAUUGGAAGAGUUGCGCAAGCAGCGUGGCGUCGAGGCCAUGUUCCAGCACGAUUUGGUCGAGGUCAACGGCGACAAGGCCAUUUUCGCACGUCUGGAUGGCAGCGAGGAGAAGGUCUCUAAGCGUUUCGACUUGCUCCACGUUGUCCCCAAGAUGGGACCUCACGCUUUCAUCAAGGACAGCCCUCUGGCAAACGCAGCAGGUUUCAUUGACGUUGAGGAUGCCACUCUGCGUCACAAGAAAUUCGCCAACGUCUGGUCAGCAGGAGAUGCAUCAUCGUUGCCGACAGCCAAGACCGCUGCUGCAGUGACAUCUCAGGCUCCUGUGUUGGUACAGAACAUGCUUCAAUCUAUCGAAGGCAAGGAGCUCAAUGCUGCUUACGACGGAUACACUUCUUGUCCUCUGUUGACCGAGUACGGCAAGGUCCUGCUUGCUGAGUUCAAGUACGGCGGACAGCCCAAGGAGACAUUUGCCAAGUUCGGACUCGACCAAGCUGUUCCUCGUCGUGCCUUCUACCACCUCAAGAAGGACUUCUUCCCUUGGGUCUACUAUAACAACAUGGUCAAGGGUACUUGGGGCGGUCCCAAGGGCUGGGUCUGGUAA